CCGCUCGCUCCCAGCCAGGCCAUGCAACCCUUAGCCUGCCUCGUCCACCACGGCUUGGCUCUCGCCUGGUAUGUGUUUCUUUGCUAUGCCGUCUCCAACGCGUUGGCCAAAAUGGAAAAGCCUCGUGCAGGCUCACACCACAUCAACCUAUUUUAUGGCAAUCUGUGGAAAUAUUUGACUUUUCUCAAUCCAGUUUUGCAGGCUAUUUUCUAUGCGGUCUCCUUCAUGAUUGAUGCAUUUAUACUAAUGAAGAAAUGAAGAAUUGCCAAGAUCAUGAUCCCCUAUAGAGACUUGAUCUUUGGUAGCUUGGCUUUUCCAACAUCCACAUUUGUGUUUGCUUUCUUUUGGGGAAUAUACUUCUAUGAUCGGGAGCUUGUUUACCCCACAUAUGUGGAACCGUUUAUUCCUAAAUGGAUGAAUUAUGGAAUGCACACUGUUAUAUUGCCUUUGGUCCUGUUGGAGAUCUUUGUUACCCCUCAACGUUAUCCAUCAAUGGGUAAAAGCCUCGUCAUUCUAGGAGCAGCUGCAUUGUGCUAUCAAGUUUGGAUCCUGUAUAUUUAUGCUAAAACAGAGAAGUGGGUAUAUCCUGUCUUCGAGAUUCUAAGUCCUCUCAGCAAGAUAGUGUUUGGAGGGAUUGCUGCUAUCAUCCUUUUCUUUUGCUACAUGAUAGGAAGAUUUCUCCACCUCAUGAUUUGGGGUGACACAGUUGUCAUGCUUGAUGUUUACAAGAAGAAAAGCAAAUGAAAUGUUGAUAGUGUCAGCCCAAGAUCUAGACAAAUGAUGAAACUAAGAAAAUAGCUAAUGGAAAUCUCUCUGUAUAAAACCAAAAUGAAUUCCUUAGAAGAAAAAGUUCUGCCAGUGCAGAAGAACAGCGAUCCAGGAAACACAUGGACCACUAUCAAGGAAGUAUUGCCACUGUUCAGAGAUUCAGAUUGUUAUGUAGGAUGAUCAAAAACCAUUGAGUGACAAAUCUUAUAACACAAGACAACUAAUACGAUUUUGCCACCCAAGUGCCUUACAAAUGAGGCUAAAUUCUGAUUUUUUUAAUCAACUGCAAUUCUAAAUUUAUUUAGAUGCAUUUCCAGCCAUAUUCUUUAUUCAGCAUGUGCCUGUAUAAAUUAUUAGACUGUAACUGGACAAAACACUCCACUGUCUGUCAUGUAUUUUUAUGAUAAUUGGCUUUCUGUAGUAUAAAAUCUGAGACUAUAAAAUGCUCAGUGUUAAAUAAUAGAUAUGAGAGUCCAGUAUGGCAGCUGAGACCCACAAAAAUGGCUGAAAUGAACUAGGACUACUUUGAGGAUAAAAUGGAAUAACAUCUGA